AUGCACGAAAUUUUGGAAAAACUGAAGGAAGAGGCGAAUGCAAAAGCUAUUAGAUUCACUCAAAAAGAUAUAUUCCCAAAGAAAGUAGGAAGACUCCCCCCAAAAAUUUCCGAAAUAAAAAGAGAAGAUGAAAAUGAAGAGAAGAUUCGGCGGAGGAGUGUUAUUACUGACGAGAACGUGCUGUUGGUUGCCGCCCCAUUUGAACACCGAUGUCUAUUGGCAAGAGAAAACCCGGAUCCCGAUUCAAAGGUGUGUUAA